AUGAUGGAAGGAAUUAUAUCCUACAGAGUGACACCACUUCUGAAAUGCAUAGUGCUGUUCCUGUUUAUUUUUACGGCAAAGGUACUCACUUCUCGGCCUCAAGAAUCUCAAGAUAUAAGGAAUGGCAUUCAUCACCUAAAACCAUCCCACUAUGUGAGAACUUUUACUAAGUACCAUCACAGGAGAACUAUUCAAUGGAAUAAUCAACAAGAUUUGACUAAUGAGUGGCCAGUUGUAAAUGAUCAUCCAAGAGUUAUAGGGAAGAGAAGUGCUGAUUUCCCCAACUACGUAGAAGUAAGAGAUGUCUCUAAAGUAUACCAACAUGCUAAAUUAUUGAAGAAACGAAGCAUACCAGAUGAUGCUUUUGAGAAAAAAGUUUCUAAAACUCCUAUCAAGCGUAAAUACUGGCCAGCAAGACAUAUGAGGAUUGAAAAGAGGAGUUUAGAUGUUCCGAAUUCAAAUGAAUUUGUGGGGUCUUCGCAGGAGAUCCACAGACUUGAUCAUUUCACUUCGGAUACUGUAAGGGAGAACAUCGUUGGGUCAUUUGAGAAGAAAGCUAUUAGUUCAGGUAGAGAUAAAGGAAAGAAUGGCUUGUCAAAUGAUAUCAAGAUGUAUAAAGUAAAAGCGGCUGUAAUACCAACUGAAGAACCGACGACUAAAGGUCCCACAAUAUCAUGUUUGUACAAAAUUCAUGAUAGCGUGGCUAUGAGUGUCACUCCUUCAUAUGCUGAUGAGAGGAAUGCUCAACUGAUGGUUGUGAAUGACAGUUUUGAAACUGGUCCCAUAUCGGAGACAACUCUCCCCAAUGGAGAAGUGGCACAAAUAGAGCAGUGCACAGGUACUAAAGCUUCAUGCUAUACUCUGUGGCAUCAGGACAAGGACGCCAAUAUCACUGUGUUGGGCCAAGGAUGCUGGCGAUCCUCGCAGACAGAAGGGCGAAGCUCCUGUGACAAGUGCACCCGAGUGUCAGCCCCGAGACUGCCGGGCACCAAGUUCUGUUGCUGCACCAACACUUACUGUAACGCUGACUUCUUAACCCUCAAAGAAGAGACGGUAACAAUGAAAGCUGAAUCGACAAUGGACAGCGGUGCCCAGAGCAUGGUGGCGGCGUCCAACAUACUCGCCUCGUCCGUGCUGGCGCUAGUAGCGACACUAGUACUCGCGCUACUACUCACGAAGUUCUACUGCCGGUCCAGCAGGCCGCAUAGUGAUACCGACACACUUAAUGUUGAGAAAGGAGAUGUCAUGGGCAGUGGUCCUGAUGCGUUGGCGACGGGGCUGUCCUGCGUCGAUAACUUAACGCUUAUCGAACACAUUGGUCAAGGCAAGUUCGGCUCAGUCUGGCGUGGCAGUCUUGGUUCGGUUCCCGUUGCAGUCAAGUUGUAUUCGAACACGAGUACGUGGCAGAGAGAGGCAGCGAUAUACGCAUUGCCGCAUCUCGCUCAUCCAAAUAUACUGAGAUAUUAUGGCAGCGACAGUCGCGCCACGCUAACAGGCGGCGGAGGUCGCUCGGAGCUGGUCGUGCUGGAACUAUGCGCCGGUCCGCUCCGCUCUCGGCUGACGGCCGCCCCCCUCAGUUGGAGGGAAUUUGCGCAUCUAGCGCAUGGACUAGCCGCCGCAUUAGCGCAUCUACAUACGCCUACUGGUAGCAAGCCUUGCGUGGUACAUCGCGACGUGAACAGUAGCAACGUGCUAGUGACGGCCGGGGGCGACGCUCGCCUCGCGGACCUCGGCCUCGCGCAACUGUUGCACGCUGCAAGGGACCGGGCAGCGCCUACGAGGAUUACUGAGGCGGGUACCCUCCGCUACCUGUCCCCCGAGGCGCUGGAGGGCGCGCUGGACCUGUCGGGCGCGCGCGCCGCGCUCUGCGCCGUCGACGUGUUCGCGCUCGGACUCGUGCUCUGGGAGAUGCUCUGGCGCACGCGCGGCGCGCACGCCGGGCCCGCCCCGCCCUACGCCCCGCCCUACCUGCACCACGGCCUGCCGCCGCGCCCCACGCUGGCGCAGAUGCAGAGCUUAGUUUCCCGCAACAAGGCUCGGCCUCCACUACCAAAGGGGCCAGUGCAACAAUCCCGAGCGUUGAAGAUCGCUGCUGAUACCUGUGACGAAUGCUGGGAUCAUGAUGCUGAGGCUAGAUUGACAGCGGUGUGCGUUGAAGAAAGAAUGGCUGAGCUAAAGCAGAUGUUACACGCACAGGGCCCUCUCAUACACGACAACAAUCUUCAUCCACAUCCACCUACGGACUCCAACGUGCCCACACCACCAGAAAUGGACAAGAAUUCAAACUGUACAUCCACCCAAAAUAUUGACGUCCAUACUCCUCUUCUAUACCCCCAGCCGCAUAUAGGCCGUAACGCGUGCAUAGAACGCAACACACAUACGAACACACAGUCCACUACCGUUGAACUUAUACACAAAUCCUUAAAAGAUAUUACUGCACCCAUAGAGACUCUGAGAGUCCCCAACGUAGAGGAGAAUUGUCUCUCAGUAGCCAGAAUCUCUAGUCACCCGAGAAUUUCUCUACUCGAAAACUCCGCUCUAUCAGAAGUAAGGUCCUACCAAAGACCACUAGAUUACGUCCAAAAUGACGUCACAGUCAACGAAGAUAGAGGCCCCAAGCAAACAAACCUACUCCAAGACGUUAAGGUCGAAAAACCCAAAUGGGGCUUCAAGAAAUUCUUCGAAAAACUCAAUAGAAAUAAAAUGGAAACUGAAGUGAAAUUGGCGGAGAAUUCGCAAAGGACUUUGACCUCUAUUGUCGAUAAGCCUUCCAACAAUGAUAUUAGACCAUCGAAUCUUUCUAUUACUCAAGAUCGCAGUCCAUAUAACUUUGAGGGACCUUGCACCUUAUCGCCUCCUAAUAGGACUCUUUCUCCAACAAUGAUGAUGGAUUCAGAGAACAAAGUGUUUGGUUUCAAAGAGCUUCCUAACAGAGACGCUGAAGCCAGAACACCGAACCAAAUCUUCGCUGUAAUAGUACCGAAAGCUAAACCACCAGAUUUCAUCGAAAUGAAGAACAAAGGCAGCUCUGAAAGCCUGAAGCGUUCAGUAAAAACUUCUCUAUCAUCUCAAAGCAUUUUAAAAUCAAAUUCCGAGUCUGAAGACUCGACUGUCAAGAAAAGAUUGAGUUGCGAAAAUAGAAACGGUAGUGGGAGUUCUUCGAGAGCAUCUAUUAACUUAGAACUACAGUACAUUGAUACCCAAGACUCCUUCAACGGUCCCAUAAGCCCUUUCGAUAUAAACUCAGACUGUUCUAGCAGCGAAGAUGAACAUUUAAUGCUUCUAUCUGAAAACGGGGGCUCAAAAAUCACCAUGCAAACGAUACCAAAACAAGAAGUUAAAAAGAAUGAAGUUUUAAAAGAAUCUAGUCAAGUGACAGAUUUCACGUUUAAUAAAUUCCAAAAUAAAUAUACUAAUUUUGACAAUGAGUAUAGUGAUCCGAACGACAAAGAAAAUGCGGUUAACGGAUUCAGUGGCGACAAUCCGGUUUACUUCGCAGCUUUGAAUGGGGAAAUAGAUUCUUCUGAAUUAAAACUACAAGGGAAUCGGUCUCCGAAGCCAACUUUGAAGAACUUGGCGAUUAAGAGGCAGCAUUCUUUAGAGCAGGUGAGUGAGAUAUUCUCUUCUGCAGGUGAUGUGAACCUUCUGAACCCGGCAGGAAGGGUCAAAACUCCUGGGGAUCUGCCCGUAGCAGUUAGAAAGGCAAGAAGAGAUAGAGCUUUGCAGAAGGGGAGAGCGAGUGAAUGCAAUAGAUUGAGUUUAUACGAUGAUCGAAUGAUGUUUGGUAAUAGUUUGUAG